AUGGAUUAGCUGCAUCGACAUCUCCAAGGAUAGCACGCUCCUAGCGAGCGGGACGUUGGAUGAGACAGCGCGGAUAUGGAACUUUGACACUGGGGAACUCGUAGCUGGUCCAUUCAAAUGUCAUGGUUUAGUGGGCGCAGUCCGAUUUUCACAAGACUUGAAGAAGCUCGCAGUCAUCUCACAUGCGGCUAGGUGCCUCGAGGUAUGGGAUGUCAAAACACAGAAAUUGGAUGUCAGGAUGGGAAAAUGUCAUGAAGCUCUAGCAACUACGACAUACGCACCGUUGUUCUGGACAACGAAGGACAAAACCAUCAUAGCCGCAUUCAGCUUCACGGAUGACGAUGCCAGGACGAUCUAUGAGUUCGACCCGUCGACGCUGGAGACUGUCGGAACUCCCUUCGAAGGCCACACAAUGGCUGUUCGUGGUCUCGCACUUUCAUUGGAUUGUGCUCUCCUUGCUAGCGCUUCCGUCGACGGGACCAUCAAGCUCUGGGCCUUCGAGUCCCGCCAGCUCCUCGGUUCUGUCGAGAACAUUCAGGAUCCCUACCGCAUUAUCCUCUCACCCAACUCGCUCCAACUCGCUGUAACGACCUGGCACGGAACCAAGAUCUACAUAGGCGACAUCCCGCCCGGAAUCUUUGAGCCUGAAAAACAAGUACCUAGUGUACGUCGCAACCCAGUGAAGCCUGUCAUAUCUUUCGGCCCUCGACCGCAAAGACGAUCCUCUACAACAAACCCUCAGCAACCCCCUCCUGAAGCGAUGCUCCAGGACCUCGCAAAAUACAUUACCAAGGACUCAGACUACCCUGUUGCCCGUGGCGGAUUCGGUGAGAUAUGGAAGUGUACCUUUCGCAUGCAUCACAAAUCAAUCAAGGUCGCAGUGAAAGCAUUGCAGGUUUAUGGUGUUGAUCACAUUGGUGCAGCAAAGGAGAAAAAGAUGAAGAGGAUACAGCGUGAGCUCAGAAUAUGCGCCGGUCUCAAGCAUGCAAAUAUUUUGCCCGUCUACGGUUAUACAUCUGGCUUCGGCCCAUUUACAGCAAUUGUCAGUCCUUGGGCGGAAAAUGGAAAUCUGACAACCUAUCUGAAUCACGAGGGUGAGACUCUUACUCUCGUUAGACGGUUCCAGAUCCUCAGGGAUAUCAUAGCUGGUCUGCAGUAUCUUCAUGUCAACAGUGUCAUCCACGGUGACUUUAAUGGGCCCAAUGUACUCAUCCAUGGUGACGGUACUGCUUGCGUUGCCGACUUCGGCCUUUCCUUGAUGUAUUCUGAGGUUAUAAGCGCCUCUCAGGCGUCCUGGACUUCCACACUCAAAGGUAACUUGAGAUGGAUGGCUCCUGAGCUGCUUGUAGAGGGGGAGGAUGGAUCUCAAGUGCGGCCAAGCAAGAGGAGUGACAUAUAUUCGUUCGGUGGUAUUAUGUUACAGGUCCUCACCAACAAAAUUCCCUAUCAUCACCUUUCAAACGAUGCAGCCAUCAUCCUAUGCAUAGCCAAGUCGGAAAAUCCUUCUCGAUCUCGUUAUCCUGCACUGCCUAACAAGUAUUGGUAUUUUAUGGAGCAAUGCUGGUCUGCUGAUCCUCAAGACCGCCCAUCAACAGAGAGAGUCAACAGAUUUAUCAAAUUUAUCAGUAUGAUUCAACUCAACACUAACCGUUCAAAUAUAGUCUGCCAUGCAUUACUCAACAACGCCGUCCGUGAUUAUGACAUCCUGCUCAUAACGGAACCAUGGUAUGGUGACAUCGGAAAUAACACAAAGGGCCCAGCGUCGUUAACCGGAUGGCAACCAAUCCUACCAUUACCGUCUGUUCCCCCGAAUGUCAUUCCUCGAGUCAUGGCAUACAUCAAAAACAGACCUGACUUCAUGGUUACCCUUCGUUCUGAUCUCGCAAUGGAUGCUGACAUACAAAUUUUACAGAUCAACCAAGGAACACAUCCGCCUACAAUACUUGUAAAUAUGUACAACCAGAAAGCAGGCGAGGAUC